UACACAGUAAAAUCGUCCCUGCAACUCUGCAACUUUUAUGCUCCUAUUUUCUUUUAAAAAAUUCUCCAAUUUCGCAAAACCCUUCUCCAAUGGGCAGUAACGGCCGUUCGAUUCUUCCCGGCACCGAUGGUAUAAAACCCUAGCCCUAUCUCUAUUCCUCUUUAUUUUUUUCUACAAUUCAUUGAUCGAUGAAUAUUUCGACCGCGAAUGGUGGUGGCGGCGGCGGCGGCGGAGGAGGAGCCGGAGGUGGAAGCUUUGGGAACUCGAACAGGACAAUGGCAAACGAUGUCGUUUCAAAGCCGGUUGCUACUUCAAUUUUGGACAGGUUUAGGGAUAUGUUGAAGGAGAGGGAAGAUGAACUUAGGGUUUCCGAGGGCGGCGACGUCGUUUUGUUGAGUAGUGAUGACGUUGUCAGGCUUUAUGAAGUGGUUUUGUCCGACCUGGUUUUUAAUUCCAAGCCUGUUAUUACUGACCUUACGAUCAUCGCCGGAGAACAGAGGCGGCACGGUCAAGGCAUUGCGGAUGCUAUUUGUGCUCGGAUUAUUGAGGCCCCAGUUGAACAAAAACUCCCGUUUUUGUAUCUCCUGGAUAGUAUUGUAAAGAAUAUUGGAAGAGAUUAUGUGAGAUACUUCUCUGCUCGUUUGCCAGAGGUCUUCUGUGAGGCAUAUAAUCAAGUGCACCCCAACAUGUAUCCUUCGAUGAGACACCUCUUCAAAACCUGGUCGUCUGUGUUUCACUCGUCUGUACUCCGGAAGAUUGAGGCUCUUUUGGAGUUUUCCCCCCCAAUGAAUGAUCAACCCUCCAGCUUAACUUCAGGAAGAGCUUCUGAAUCGCCGCGGCCAACUCAUGGCAUACAUGUAAAUCCAAAAUAUUUGGAAGCAAGACGUCAGUUGGGGCAUGCUACUGCUGAUGCUGCUGUAACUGAGAGGUUGAGCUUGAGGGAUCAUACAGACAAUACAGCCUCCGGCCUUGGUGCUGUAAAGAUGAUCCGGCCUUCGGCUGCCAGGCUUGCUGGGUCGUCUUCUCCAUAUGGAGUUAAGCAUGGCAGGUCAUUAUCUCCUUCACUAGAUAAUAUUGCAGUAGAUGGUUCUCCCAGAAGAGCAGCUGAAAAGGCUUCUCCAUCUCAGUCUGGAUUUGAGUAUGGCUUUGCUAGAACUUCUGGCAGACAUGAAGAGGCAAGUGAUUGGCAAAGGAAUACUUUGACCAAUGGUACCAGUGUGAAAUUCGAAACUCCUGCAUACAGAUAUAACAAUGGUAUCGACCUCGAUAGGCCAAGGGCUUUGAUUGAUGCAUAUGGAAUUGAUGAGAGGGAGAAGCCACCAAGUCAUAAACAUCUUAAGGUUGAUCACUCCAUUGUAAAUGGUAUCAAUAAAAGUGCAUCUUUGAAGACAUGGCAAAAUACCGAGGAGGAAGAAUUCAAUUGGGAGGAUAUGAGCCCAACUUUAGGGGAUAGUAGUCGGAAUAAUGAUCUAUUUUCAUCAUCCAUCCCACCGUCUGCAAAUUUUAGGACAAGACCUGGCUUUAGAACGCAUCCUGAUCCGCAUUUGGCGACUUCAGACUUCAGAAACAACUUUUCUAAGCAGGCCCAACUCCCUAUAUUUAGUGACUCGUCACCGUCUGAGAAUGUUUCUGCAGUCAGUCAGUCCGUUCGUGGAGUGAUUAAGAAGGUUGCUGGAUUCCGCGAUGAGAAUAAGCACGUUUCUAGUUCUCAUUUUCCAAAGGAUGGUUUUAGUAUGCCUCAGUCUCAUGUUCGGUCAUCUCAGCAACAUUUAAGCAUCAAAGGGAGUGGAAGGAAUCAUCAAAUGUCCUUUUCAGGCAUGGGAAUAGCACCUUCAUCUGAAUAUAAGCCUCCUUCAGUCAGCAAUUUUCCAAAUGCAGAUCCUCGAAUUCGAGGGCCCUCUGCUGUUGUAUCAAGAAUUGGUUCUUCUGGUUUUGCUUCAUUAACUCCUGAAAUGCAGUCAAUUGCAACACCUGCUUCAAUGGGAGUGCCACCUUCUGUAAAUAUCCGUGCUUCUUAUCAUCAAGCUUUGCUUGCUAGUCCUCCAAUGCAUGAACAAAUCGGUUAUCAGCCAGAUGCAGUUGGCCAUCAGGGUAUGACUAUGCCUAAUUUCCCUGGUCAGCAAUUAGGUUCUGUUGAAAACAAUCCAGUCAGCAUGCCUCAACCUUCAAGUCAACCUCGUGGGCUUAUUCCUCCAAAUCUGCAAGUUGGACCACAUGUAAAUCUAUCAUAUUCGCAACCACAACCACUGCCAUCCCAGGAAGCACGUCAGAAUAUGGUUCCACCUGUUCCUUAUCUACCACCUUCUAAUUUAGUUAGACCACCUCUGGAUUAUGGAUAUGUUCCUCAAGCACAUGGUGUUCAUGCUAUCAUGGGUGCAGGCUUGCAGAAUGUAAUUCCUAAUGUCCAGUCGUCUAUGCCUGUUCCCAGUAUUGUUAAUGCAUCAUUGAGUUUACCAGGGGUAUCCAUGCCUCCUUUACAAGGUUCCCGUCCUGUGUCUUCCACAAUGAUACAUAUCACUCAAAAUCCUGGGCCAGUAGGACCUAAUCCUCCAGCUGGUGGUCCACUUUCUGGUCUGUUUAAUACACUAAUGGCCCAAGGGUUGAUCUCUUUAACAAAAGAAGCUCCCAUGCAGGAUUCGAUGGUCCUUGACUUCAAUCAAGAUACUCUUAGGGUGCGUCAUGAAUCAGCAAUAAAAGCUCUAUAUGCUGACCUUCCCAGACAAUGCACAGCUUGUGGUGUUCGCUUCAAAUGCCAAGAGGCUCAUAGCAGUCACAUGGAUUGGCAUGUUAAAAGGAACCGCAAGUCUAAAAACAAGCAGAAGCCCUCUCGUAACUGGUUUGUGAGGGUUGACAUGUGGCUUAGGAAUGCAGAGGCAUUGGGAACCGAUGCAGUUCCUAGCUUUUUACCCAUUGAGGAUGCUGUGGAGAAGAAUGAUGAUGAAGAAUUGGCUGUUCCUGCUGAUGAUGACCAGAAAUUUUGUGCAUUAUGUGGAGAGCCCUUUGAUGAUUUUUAUAGUGAUGAGACUGAGGAAUGGAUGUAUAGGGGCGCUGUCUACAUGAAUGCACCAACUGGUUCAACAGCUGGAAUGAACAGGUCCCAGUUAGGUCCCAUAAUACAUUCUAAAUGCAGGUCAGAGACCAGUGGUGCUUCUGCUGAAGUUUUGUCAAAAGAUAGAGGGGGUUAUACUGAAGAGGGUAGUGAAAAGAAAUGAAUGUGGAGUUAGCCUUAUUACAUCACCAUCUAGGUUUGCUGUAACAUCAUAUAGAGUUGCUUCAUCUUAAUAAUCUUCUCUUCCGCUUUUUAUGUACUGUGCCAGAAUUAUGUAAAUGUAUAGUUGGAUCUGUACCAUCCACAUUUUUUGCAGAAAAAGGUGACAUGAUUUUGUGAUGCAUUCUUUCUGGUAUUCUUCUUUUCUUGUCUAGAAUUUAGACGUCUUUAGCUUUUCUUGCAUUUUGUCGUCUUUGGAGAACACACGAUAUUAAGUGCUUUCUAACGACUCAGAUGUACCGAACUUUGGGAAUGUAAAAUUUUCUUGGCUCAGCUGUUUAAUUGGCUUGAGGGGGAGGGUGGGGGAUAUAAUCCAGUACUUCGUGCUGUUCAAUUGGAGUUUUGCAGGGGGAUGAACUGGAGAAUUUCCGUGUAUGUCUUGGAGGUGGCUUCUCAUUGUACUAAGCAAAUCGAUUUGCUGGAGGCAAACGAACAGUACUACCGUGGCUGCAUCUUUCGUUCAAGUUAUGGUGUCCUCCAUUUAGCGAUGUUCAUUCUGAUGUUAAUUCAAUGUAAUACUUUAUAUCGACUCAGUGACCCCAAGUUGGGAUCUUUAGUCUUAUUAUAUGCUUAAUGCAGCUAAUUAGCAAA